UGUGUUGCACGAGGAGGAUGGGGUGCAGGAUGUGGACGGGUACGGAUCCGGAUGGUGCACCUGCCGGUUUUCACGUUUACAGCACCAUAUCUGCUGCUAGAGGCCAUAUUCAGUAUAAGAUCCAGAAGGAUCAUUCAGUCACCUUUACCUGUGGAAAUUUAACCGAGGGCUCAGUGAUGUGGAGCAGAGACCGAGACGGAGAAAGGGAAGAUAUUGGCUUAAUAAAGAAUGGAUUUAUCAAUCGUUCCAAUGAUCCUAUCAAAAAUUACAAUAACAAAGGUUUGUCUCUCAUGAUCUCACUCGUCUCACCCUUCUACGCUGGAUUAUACUACUGUAACAGCACUGCAGUCGCCUGUCUCACUGUCAUAUCAGGUCCUAAUGUGACGGAUACGUGUGAGAACGCUGAUCUGAAAACAAGAAAGAGCUGGGCAGGCCUGGCAGUGGUGGGGAGUGUGCUGAUAGCAGUGGUUUCCGUUUUCACCUGGAGGUGGUUUUCACGGAAGAAUAUAAAGGUAGAGGAUGAAGAAGUGCCGGAGCAUGUCUACGCCUCCAUUGAUUAUAAGAUUUCUGAUAAAGCAGAAACAGGUGGAUGUCGGAGGCAGAAGGAGCAGGAAGAUAUAUAUUACCUCGCCACUCAUCCAGACCCAGGUCCCACAGGUCUUCUAAAUGAUCCCACCUAUUCAUUGAUCCAGAAUCCGGUCAACACACAGCAGAAAGCUGAUCCUGAUGGAGAAGGGCUGUACAGUCUGGCUCAGAGACCGACCUCAACAGCAGAAGAUCCACAAACAUCUAAAACUGAUUCUUAAUCUGAAAAAUCUCCUCCACAGCUGGACUCUUCCGAUUACCACUCUGUGGAUUACUGUGCUGCAGCUAGCUGUUGUUAAAUAUUAUGUAUUUGUAUUUAAUAUAUUAUUGCUUAAGAAAAUAUGCACUCUGGAAAAUUAUUUUACAAUAAAAUGAGGAAC